AUGGCCCCUCCCGACCAAGACAAGUCAUGUAUUCCUGAACUCCAAGCAGCACUGGGCCCGCUGCUCCUCACACGUGCAUCCCCAUCAGAUUUGUCGUCUCAUUCCCCAGGCUCCUACACCAUAGCACGCGGUUGUCCUGAUAAUAUCCCUCCAAAGGAGCAAGUUCUACCUAAAUGGACUGGCGCCUUCAAGCUCUUCGACUUUCCACGAGAGCUGCGAGAUAGAAUAUAUCACUACGUUGUCCAUGUCCCAGGGGGAGUACAUUACACGACGCAAACCAAGAGAGACCUUCAGGACAGGCCUAGCUCCGAUAUCGUGAACCUCCUCCUGGUUUCCAAGCAAGUCCACUAUGAAGCGUCACAGAUGUUUGGCAGGAGCAACACCGUUUGGCUAUCCUCUUCAUAUAGUCCACGCGAAGGCUACCGCAAGCCACUUACCGGCCUACUUCGUCUGUUCCCUGAUCCGGCAGCGGACGCAUUGACGAGUGUGAGCCAUGUAUACCACGACACUAUUGCCCGACCCCUUGGGAUGUGGGGCAUGGCGCCGAGCCAUGACAGUAUUGCUAGCGGAGGUGAUGGUACAGGCCAUUUUCACAAGCGUCAAAAGCCUGGAGAGACCUUCUGCGAGAUUUUGAGGGAUGCGCAUGUCAUCUCGCAACGUUUCCCAAAACUCAAGGUCUUCGACGCCGUUUGGUAUGUCGGGCCUAGGUUCCACGAGUAUCCCAUACCAGAAUGUGUUGUGCAUAACAUUGCAACUUUCCUGAAAAACUCCGGCAGCCGGGAGGAAGCAGUGAAGAUGUGGUUAGAUCUUAUGCGACAAUGGCUACAAAAGGGUAACGUGGUCCCACUGGGGUGCGUGUGGUUUAGCGUGCAAGGAUAUAGCACAGAUGGGUUUGGGUCGGAAAUGGAUGAGGCGGCAAACGAGGCGUAUCAGAUACUGGUAAAGGAGUCAAAGGAUCGGGAGGAUAUCGAGGCUAGUGGAAAGAUGUGGUUGGAAGACAUGGAAGAAGCGAGCAGGUGUAAAAGGAAAGGGAAGAGCGGAAAGAAGGCAAUACAAUGA